CAACUCCAACGCAUUUCAAAGGAAGAGCACAGACGAUGCCUUGCUUCCUUCCCUCCAUUUCUCCUUUCCCUCCUCAGCUCAAAAAGCAGCACCCACCCACUUCUUGAUCCGAUCUCCUUCCACACCUGCACGGGGGAUGCAGGAUUGCGGCUGCUGCAAGGCUAUAAACCACGGCUUCCUCAGCAAGCGUAGCGCAGGCCCGGGCACGCACCGCCGAUGGGCAACGUCGCGUCAGGGCGUCGGCGGCCGGCCGCGGUGGAGGAGCGGCUCACGCGGCCGCGACGCCUCCUCCGGGAGCUGCCCGACGUCGACGCUGGCCGCUUGCGCCGCCUCAUCCGCAACGGCGACCUCGCGCCGUGCUUCGACGCGGCCGAGGAUGCCGUCGGCGGGCAAGGCGAGGAGUGCCCCAUUUGCUUCUACUUCUACCCGAGUCUGAACAGAUCCAAGUGUUGCGGCAAAGGGAUCUGCACAGAAUGCUUCUUACAGCUGAUGCCAUCGAAUGCUUCUAAAGUUGUCCACUGUCCUUUCUGCAAAAUCAAGUCCUACGCAAUUGAAUACCAGGGUGCUCGAACGACAAGUGCGAAGAAAAUUGAGCAAGAAGAAGAACAGAAUGUCAAUGAGACUAAAAUGAGAGUACAUUCGAAAUCUCAGAUUGCCGGUGAAAUUAUUCUACCUUAGAAUUAGCAAGUCCAAUUUUACACUGCUGCACGCUUACUAACCUAAUGGUAAUUCUUUCUAACCUGGGAAAGAUUCCAUUGCUAUCAUGAAUCAUGAUCUAGAUUGGAAUUGAUUGGAAUAUCAGUUUGUUCAGAAAAGAGCCUGAUUCAGCUCGAGUGGCUCAGCAUUGCGUUCCACUUUAUACUGAAGCAAAAAUAUUCUGCUAGUGGUUGUAAAAGAAUGAGGAGUUAGUGUAGAAUUGUACGUUGAUUCUGUAAAGCUGCUCUGAAGACAAAAAUUAAGCUCCAAGUAUUAUGUCCUAAAUUACAUUAGUGGUGAUCAAGACCUCCACAAAAUUAAGCUCCAAGAUCAUUGCAUUUUUUUCAACCUUUAACUUGUUUUCUUUCUUUUGAUCGUUGGUGAUGUAAAUUAUCAUUAUCUCAUCCUACUAUUGCUGCCAAG